UUGCAGUGACGUCAUUCUGUGUGCAGCAUGGCUGUGGAUGGAGCUGCUGGCAGGUUGCUGUCUCUGAGCGGUCUGUUUCCGGUUUAUAAACCCAGAGGGCCGACAUCAGCGCAGCUUCUCGGGGAACUCAAAGGGAAACUGCUGCGAGAAGCUGGACUCAAGGAAUAUAUCAAGAAAAGAAAGCAAACUCUGAAAAUAGGACACGGAGGGACUCUUGACAGCUCUGCUUCCGGCGUGCUGGUAGUUGGCAUUGGAGAUGGCACCAAACUGCUCAACUCGAUGCUGUCUGGCUCCAAGAAAUACACAACCAUUGGCGAGAUGGGGAAAGCCACAGAUACCCUGGAUGCGUCCGGUACGGUGACCGAAGAGAAGUCCUACGAUCAUGUUAGGAAGGACGACUUGGAGAAAGUGCUUCAGUCUUUUACCGGGGAAAUCAUGCAAGUCCCCCCUCUUUUCUCUGCCCUGAAGAGAGAUGGGAAAAGACUGUCCUGUCUCCUGCGAGAGGGUGUGGAGGUCGAAGCCAAGCCUGCUCGGCCGGUGAUGGUGUACAACAUUUCUGUGACCGAUUUUCAGCCACCUCUUUUUACGCUCGAUAUCGAAUGUGGAGGAGGCUUUUAUGUCAGGAGCCUUGUCAGAGACAUCGGGAAAGCUUUGUCCAGCUGCGCUAGUGUGAAGGAGCUGACUCGCACCAAGCAGGGGCCUUUCACAUUGGAGGAACACACUCUGCGAGAGGAGAGCUGGGACAUCGCCACCAUCUCCAAAGCCCUGCAGGACUGGGCUCACCUGCUCCCAGCUCAGCCCGGGAACAAACGGCUCAAAUCAGAGUAAGGAACUUUGUCCCGUCUACUUAACAGCAACUUCAGGAAUGCAGACUGAACGAUGUGCUCUCACAUGUGGACGUUGGGUGCAGUGUGAGCCCCACAGAGACAUGCUUCAAUUACCUCUUACACCUCACUUAACUGUGAAUUGUAGGGGGAAAGCUGGAAAGGAGUCAUCUAGUUUUUUUAACGCAGUAAAUUCAUGUCAUUUUCUGGAAGGUAAAAGAACCCUCUAGAAACAGUUUUCAGUAAUAUUCUUUUGUCUACGACACCUUAGCAGCGGCACACACCUUACUGCUCCUGUGGCCGCCGUCACUGAAAUCAGUCAUUGAGAGCAGAUUGAAACCCUGUUCUUUCCAUACACUGUUUGAUUAAAGUGUGAAAAUGAAUUUAUUUAUUACCUCUUAAUAAAAUCUGUUUUAUUUAUGUCUGGA